AUGAGCACCUGGACGGCUCUUUUGUCCUUCUUCCUCUUUGUGGACACAAAGAUGAGACUGCUUUCUGUCCUGCCCCUUCUGCUGCUGCCACACUUGUGCAAACCAUUCAACUGGAAGAAUCUCCAAAAUGUGCACGUAACAGUCAGGGAGUGUACCCUCUCCUUGAUUGCUCUGAUGGAGGAAGCGGAAAGCAUUCGAUUGGGUGAAAGGAACGACGAGAGGAUGGCCCAAAUUGUAGAAAACAUGAAGAAGGCGAAGCAGAUGUUACAUGAAAUGUACUUCUCCAUUCGUCACUUGUUCUCCUCAUUAGGGUUAACGUUUAGAAAGGAGCUAUAUCUCUUUGGAGUAGCGGAGGGAAACGUGUAUGGAGAGGAGGCCGGACAAGGGGAAGAAAAACAGGAGGACAGCACAAAUGGGAAGCGUUUCACCGAUGAGGAGCACCUACGAGGUGUAAAAACACAGAGGGACCUGAAGGCCCUCCUUGGGGAAAUGAUUAAUUACUACAAAAAAGAGUUCAUUCAGAGUAAACCAUCGACAAGUUGCUCCUACAUCAAUCAGAAGAAUUCCCUCCGAAAGCAAAUUGAAAUUGUUAGAGCCACCCACAGCUACAUAGCGACAAAACUGUAUUAUCGAGAUUAUUCGAAAUAUUUCCAACGUUUUCUCGGAAGCCAAAGGGACAUGGUUAACGUCCUCUUUAAUCCUGCUUUGGACAUGAAGGAGGAUGUUUAUUCGGGUUUUUACGCCAACUACGGUGGGUUAAUAGUGGAUGAGCGGAAAAGCGGGGCAAUGACUGGGCCGGAAGAUGACCCGAAGGAUCAGCGGAAAGAUGGACCAAAGGGCAAGCCGCCAGACGGAUCAACAGAUGAGAGGCAAGAUGGACAAAAGGGAAAGCCGCCAGACGGACCAAGGGUUAAACUACCAAGCUGCAGUGACGACUAUAAAAUCAUUUCUGGAGAAAAAUGCACCAAGAAGUUUGCACAGAGUGUAAAAAAGAUGUUACAUAAUUUUGAGGCGUCACUGGAAGGGUACAUUCACAGCUCCGUGGUGGAAAUGAGAAAACAAAUGAUACAGGUGGAGGAGCAGCAGGAGGGGGAAAACUACUGCAGAGAUUUGGCGAAAGAACUCAAGGAAAAGAGUUACGAUAAAAUACCGCUGGAAAAAAUUGAUCGAUUUGAAGAAAUGGCAAAAAAUUACCUACACAAGGAUCUGGACAUGUUAGUGGAAAGGGAGAAGAAAAAACUGUAUCGAAGGAGAAACUUCUUCGAGAAGUAUUUUUUUUUCAUUAUCGAGACAAUGCUGCAGGUUCGGCGCAGCGUGGAGGCGUCGUUGGAGGCGCUUUCGAGGGGGCUGGGGGGGGUUACAACUAAACCCGUCGCCGCAACAGGGAAACCGCCAACCCAAACAAAUAAACCGCCAACCGAGACAGAUAAAGCAGCCACCUCGACAGGCAAACCGCUAACCGGGGGGGCGGAAAUCAAGCGCAUCUUUCAACUGCUCGAUGAGUACAUAAGCAUAUACUCCUUUGUGUAUGAGCAGCUAAAGGAGUACCACCUAAACGUGAGGGACAUUUUCUCACUAGAUUAUAUUCGAGAAAACUCCAAAGACAACAGAGACUACAUAGCUGAAAGAAUUGCACAUCAGAUGGAUGGACUAAACGGUUCCUUCUUGAAGUACAAGAAUGUGAAAAAUAGAUACGAGCAGUGGGUGGAGAAGGGCAUACGGACGAGGAACUCGAUGAGCACCUUUAUAAAAGGAGAGUCAGUCGAAGCAGGAGGAAGCACGGAGAAGUCAGUCGAAGGAGCUGGCAUCACGGAGAAGUCAGACGAAGGAGGAGACAGCGUUCAUGGACAGGGACACUUCUCUUCACGCAACUUGAGGAAAAAGGACUUGCCAGAAUUGUGGGCAUCCACUUGGCGCAGAAGCAGCCAAUCCUUUUUGAGCAAAGAAGACAAAGUGAAGAAAGACAAACUAAACGGGGAGCUAAUCGAACGAGAGGACGAAUAUUUAAAAAGGCUGGAAAAUGUUGUGACGCUUCUAACUAGAUACAAAAAAUUGAAAAACAAGAAAAUCAAAAUAAAGCACAUUGCAGAUAUAGGCAAAGUGGAGAUGCACCCCAUUUUAUUUAAUAUCAAAUUGAGGAAAGAUCAAAUGGUAGGAUUCUACAAAAGCAUUCUUCUUUUUGCAAAAAUAUUUCUUCUAAAAAGGAUUGUACUUACUCUAAAAAUGAAGAUAACCUUUUUGAGUAGAGUUACUCCAUCGGCCUUUCUCCUGAGCAAUCGUUUUUUGCUUCUCCUCUAUGAUAUCCAACUGGAGCAUCUGCGAAGUAGCUACCAGAUUGGAGUGAACAAAGACUUCUGUCACAAUUUGACUCUUCAAAAUUUAGACGGCGUGAUGAAACAGGGGGAUAUUUCUCACCUUCUCCUUAAGUACGUGAUGUACAUGUUUGGCCUCAAUUCCGCGUUUAUGAGUGCGCACCUUGGGGUAGACAUUGGCCCCGGCGUGGGUAGCGACCACAUUGGGGGGAAUAACGCCUCGGAAGACGAUGGAGACUUUGAUGAGGAUGACCCCCGUUGGAGCGCACAUAACCUGAGAGUGGUGUACGAGCUGGCCAGAAAAUUCAGCAGUAGGCCGCUCGUCGACGCAGCAGAUUUUUUUCCAUCGAGCAGGGCAUCAUCUCCAAAGGGGGAGAGCAGCACACACGAUGAGAAAGUAAAAAUCGCCUUCAGACAAAUUCACUCGUACUUUUCCAGCAUAUUCAACAAUGAUGAAAUUUCAGGGCACAUUUUAAAAAAGUUCGAAAUAUGGGAGGAGCUGCGCUCCUCUGGUUGUUAUGAUGGGCCCUCCUGCUCCAUAGACAGUCCCGUAUACACCAAGGAUGUGAUAAGGAAGUCGAUUUUUUACAACCUAAACGAUAUGUCACAUCAAUUCGGCAUGGCAGAUAAAUUCGACGUGGAAGAUAAAUUCGACAUGGCAGAUCAAUUCAACAUGGCAGAUCAAUUCCACAUGGCAGAUCAAUUCCACAUGAUAAACGAAGCGACUGUAUCUUCUGUUAGCUCCUGCGCGUCUUCCCUAUACUCUUACGCCUCUUCUUCCCCCUCGAAAUUUCCAUCCCAUCUGCUAAACAAUGCACUCAUCAGGGGCUCGCUCUCCGAGGCGUACAAAUACAUGCUAUACAAAACGCAGCAGAGCCAAGUUUUCAAAUUGUACUCCAGAUCCAAGGGCAGGAAUAUGACCUUCCUGGAGACUGUUUUUCUUCAGCUCAUUUUGAAUUUUGGGAUGACUCCUUACAACAAGUUGAAGGGCACCAUGGUGAACUCCUUUUGCAGGAAGGAGGGAAGGCUAGAGAAGGAUGAUAUUUCUUCCAGUAAGGCUCAGGCGGGGCCACUCCCAUACAGGGGAAGGAAAUGGAACCGCGACAUGAUUCCACGUAUCCGUUAUAUGCCAAAGGGAGAGCAGCUACAGGCGGGAUUAGCCAUUUCCUGCUCUGAGAUGAAGCAAUACGAGGAACAUGAUUCAUAUAACAAGACGCGUACUAAAUGGGGGGACAGUAAAAGGGGAAGCAGUUAUUCCUCUUCGUAUGACAAUGCCCCAAGUCACCGGAUGCACCACCUAGUAGGCACCUGCGACUUGCUAAAUGGAGACAAGAAAAAAAUUACAUCCUUUGAAGUGAAACACAUAGAAUACAUUCCUAACGGAACACCAUUCUUGACACCAGUGACAGAAAAGCAAAACAUCAUGUCAGACUACGAACUGUAUGGCCUUUUCUUUCAAGGCGUGAGAGGGGAGGAUAACAGGUACUCCCCUGAUAAGAACAACUUCCCUGAUAAGAACAACUCCCCUGAAAAGAACAACCCCCCUGAGAGGAACAACCCCCCUGAGGAGAAUUCCACUGGGGUGAACUCAAAGCAAGACAUCUACUGCAACGGAAAAAAAACUGGCCGUUUCGCCAUUGGGCAGUCCGUGGUUUACCUUGGCGAAAGGGUGCCUGUAAAGGAGCCACUUAUCGGACCCAUGCUGUCCAAAAGUGCAGCUAGCCAAAAAGAAAUCCUCUUCGAAAGAGAAUCCAUGGAGUGGUACAACAUGGUUCUAAGUUGGCUAUACAAGUACCAGGAGAAAAAAAAUUGGAACCGCGAAAAGGUGAGAAAAAUAGAAAGGGAUAUUUCUGGUCUGAGGUGGAGGGCCAAAUUAUACGAAGAAAAUAUUUCCUACGUGAAGAACAAGAUGGCACAGAUGAUGGGUCUACCUCGGGGGGGGACCGAUCGCCCAAGUGACCUGCAAAAGGAGUAUCAAAGGGAAGUUUCAAAUGCCGCUUGGGAGAAGUACAACUCGUUAAUGGACAUUUAUAAAGACAUCGUGGAGAUGCUCCGAGAAAGGGAAAAGAGUCUAACCAAAUUGAAGAAGGAAAACGAAAGGGAAGGCGAAAAAGAAGAAGCAGAAGAACAACCCGGCGUGGGUUACUACGGGGUAAGCAAGUACGCCUUUCUGAGAAAAUAUCAGGUGGAGGAUCUGAAUAUGUAUACCAUGUAUCAUGAGAAAAUUAUGAAAUACUUCCAGAAGCAAAACAGAUGCUGUGAUGCGUAUAUAAAGGAAAUGAAAAUCCACCUUCAGUUUUUCCCUCAAGUUUGUUGUUCCAAUGGAGGGGAAAGACACAAGGAGAAGAUGCUCAAGUACAUAUAUAUCAGCAUCACCGACCUGGUGACCGAUUUUAUACGAUGUGAAAAUAACACCAAUAGAUUGCUCACGGAUCUUAAAAAAGUAAAAGACACCCUACAAACAAUGAACACUGUUAAUGCGAAUCUACACAGAAAGCAGAGAACGUUCCACCUCAGUACCAAAUAUUUUUACAGGGAAAAAAAAGAGGGAAAUAUUUAUUUCUUCACAGAUAAAAUGGAAAAUAUAAAGACUUACAAAAUUUACAAACAACUUAUAGACAGUGUAAAUGAAGAUCUCAUGUUCGUCAUCGACAUCAUGGUGAGAAAAAUAGAAGAGCGGAAAGAGCUUCUACAACAAGUGGAAGAGAAGAUGCCUACCCUGCUGGACAUAAAACGGAUUCUCAAAACAGACAGCGAGAUUGCAUACAUUCAUGUUGAAACGUUAUGUACAAAUUUCUCUCAUGAAAAUAUGCUAAACUACGAUAAGGUAAACAAUUUGGGGAAAAACUUUAAAGAAAAAAUCGCCAUUUAUAAAAAUGUCCUGAAUAACAUCAGGUACUCCUUUGAGCACGAACCUCACGUGAGCAACGAUAAUAUGGCACUGUUUUACAACUUUGUGCACUACGAUCGUGAGGAGAAUACUGACGCGAUGCAGUUUGCGGAUGCGCUGUUGGCAUAUAACGAAGAGAGGAUUGAGAUGCCCCAUCGAGGGGAGGAGGAAAACAACACGGGAGGGAGGCCCCUUACCAAGUACCAGAAAAUCUGGAGGAAGCUAAACGCGCCCAAGGGGGGCGAUGGGGGGAUCGCCAAGGAAAGACAUGACGACACAGGUGAUGAUAGCGAUAGGGACCUUUACGACGACUGGGACGAUGAGGAGUGGGCCGAAGAUAGCCUGAAGGCUGCAGCGGACCGUGUGGAAAAGAACUGCGGAAAUAGGAAGUGCCCACCAAACUCCUUCUGCUUUAUUCAUGCGUUUAAUGAAGAAUGUUUUUGCCUCCUUAACUAUAACAUGGUGGGGGGGAAGUGUAUUAUAAAUGAACAGAAUUCUUGCGCGGUGAAAAACGGGGGGUGCGAUUUGAAGGCAACCUGCGAGUUGAAAAAAAAUAGGGUAAAUUGCAUUUGCCCCAUGGACACUAAGCCCAUGCAUGAGGGGGUCGUGUGCAGCUCUUCUUUCACCUCUUUAUUUUCGCAGGUGCUCCUUUUGUUCGCCAUCCUGGCGUUUGUCAUUGAGUAG